UUCUCUUGUUUUAGCCUAGUCCUCAAACUAAGAGAGAAAAAACUAAUAACGUUUGCAAUAUCAGUACAGGUGCAUCCUGAACACGAUGUAAAGGAGCAUAAUCUUCUUUUCGCGCACGUGUUUUUAAACCCUACUCCUCUAGCUGUUGAUUGGCUGUGGAAUUAUCUUUUAUGCCAUGAUUGGCCCAGACAGAUGUCCGUCAAAUGGGUUUUGCCAGAACUUCGGCUGCUGUCAGCACAACAGAACAGUGGUGUUGACGGUUCUGGUCGAAAGUGAGAAUGACUGAACUUUGAGUGCAAUAAAGCCAUACUUCCGGUCAGACAGAAAGGACUGGAGUAAAAUGGGGACCAACAGAGAGAGCACCUUGGAAACUGAGAAUAAAGUCACUCCUGCUCAGCAGGAGGGCAACACUGAGAGUCACAUAGUUUCUGUGAAAGGCCUGAAAGAGAACUGGCAGAAGUGGUCCAGCGAGCACCGACUGUACCAGAAGCACAACCCGUUCAGCCGUGACAACAGACUCAGCGUGGUGGUCUCCCAGAGGGGCCACGACAACUAUGGGAGACCCCCACAGGGGUCUUUGACGGAGCAGCGUGGGAUGGAGGCUCACACACAUGUCAGCAAAGAGAUCGAGAUGCUGUGCGAGGCGAUACGGAGCAUCGGGGCGCUGAAAGAGAAAGAUGGGGAUGAAGGUGGCGGCAACAGGAAAGCGAUGGCUGUAGAAUUUGGGAAACUGUUUGAGCAUUAUGUGACGAUCUCCAACAAACUGGUGGGGAUUCUUUUACGGGCCAGAAAACAGAGACUGGUUGAGUUUGAAGGAGAGAUGCUGUGGCAAGGGAAGGAUGAUCAUGUAGUCAUCUCUCUGGUGGAGUGAUCAGAAGUUGAUUUGUUGCAUGGUGCUACCUCACAGCAGCCCUCACUAUAAUAGUAAAAUGGCAGGAACUGAACUAAAUAAUGCACUACGAAUGCUUAAUGAAAAUUUACUAAGAAACUAAAGCUAAUGAGACAUAUAGAUUUGCAGGCAGCUAUGUUAGGUUAUUACGCACAAUGUGGGGUACUUUGUGUUUAAAGUAAAAUCAAUACUUAGUAUUACCCAAAAGGCAGAUAAAACUUAGCCUAAAAAGUGAAAAAAAAUUGUGUUUGGUAGAUUAUUUAAUUGUUGCAACAACUCUUCUUGGCAAAAAAUCUCAUACUGUUGGAAAGCCUGAUAAUUUCCCUUUUAAAUGGGGCCACAUUUGUAAGGAACAUGCAUUUGUGAGGAUGAGCAGUAGAGCUGAGUAUGUGGGUAACGCACAGGAAAAAUCUCUCAAAUCUUCUCUGCCAAACAUCUUAUUUUACUGUUUUGAGCUUCUGGUCCCUCCAGGUGCCAAUUAUGAGAUUAAUUGUCAAAAAGCAUUGUUACAUUUAUUUAUUUAUUUGUUUAUUUAUUUAUUUUUUGGG